CAAUCUAUCCAAUGGGGAGGCAUCGGUGACGUCGGUAUGGCUUAUCUUUUAACUCGUGGAAACGAAGAAAAAGAAAUCAAUGGAACUCUUGCACAAAAAAUAUCGUCUUGCCUAGCGGCGUUGGAUACAUUAUUAACACAAAGUUCAGCCAUCGUUGCUUCGCAUGUGAUACCAUCCAAAAGGAGACUGACAGAAAAUUCAAAAUCAAAAUCGCUCACAGAGAUCGUUUCCGAAAUUAUGGGUAUUCAAGAUCCACUCUCAGUUAAACYUUCAUCUACCUUAGCUGAUUUGGGAAUGGAUUCCUUGAUGGGAGUUGAUAUAAAACAGACGAUUGAACGUAUCUUCGAACUCUCUUUGAAUAAUACCCAAAUUCAACAGCUGAAGUUUAGUGAAUUAGAUAAUUUGGGUGCCAAAUGAAAACAUAUUGACAAAUUUAACAUCUACAUUGUUAAAAAACUACAUUUUUGAAUUCGAUUCAUCAUAUCUAACCUAUAUUUUAAGACUAUAUUUAACUACUUAGUAACUUGAGUGAAUAUAAAAAUGAAUAAUAUGGUUUUUAAA